CGAAAUUUGUUAGGAGUCGUUUCAUGGUUAUCUGGUAGAGCCCCUGUAUGUUAGAUUGGUCAUACUACUAUACAGGGGCUCUCAUUUAAGACGACCGUCUCCCUUCAUUCCUUCAACGUUCGAACAUUCAAUCACUCAAGCAACCUUAACAUGGCUCUCAGAAUCGUCCGAUGGUGUGUCUUGGUGUUAACACUCAUGUUUGCGAUCGUGGUGCUUGGCAUAAGUGCCCACCUCAUCGCCAUCAGACCUACAGACUACUGGCGGUUUGCUGCCCUUGCAGUCGCAGUCUCCUCUCUGACAAUUUUGACAUUGCCUGUCAUUCUCAUAGUUAAUUCCUUCUCAGGCGGUAGUUCACCAGAACGAGUCAUGGGCGAGGCUCUUUGGAUAGCCAUCUUGUGGAUUUUGUGGCUCUCAACUGGAGCCAACUCCACUCGUGCUGCUCGCUCAACUUUCUUCUCUGGUGCUUGUAGUUUCUUCACUGGCUACCCCAACAAGAUCUGCAAUGAAUUCAAGGUCGUGGAGGGCUUUUCUUAUAUGAUCUUCAUCAUCCUGCUAUGCUACAUGAUCGGGUUGAUGGUGUGCGCGUUUAUGCGCGACGAUGAUCACGACGGGCGUGCUCCUCAAACCUCUCAGGUGAAAGCCGCCGACCCGGAAGCCACCAGCCGGUGAAUUGUCAAAUAUUGAGUUUGCUGAGCAUUGCGUGUGAAUUGGCUCGCAUCGUAGUUUCCCUUUAUGUUCUGAAAAUCAAUACUCUAAUUUUUACAUCCAUAGUCAUCGUUAAUGUUACAUAUUUGUACGCCGUGAUGCGAGUGCCUCUCAUUGUGAUAAUGCAACGUGUGAGUAUGUACUUUAAUCCACAGUCAGAGAUUUACGCUUGAGUCAAUGCGAUGAGUGAGACAUUUUAGAUUUUGAACUCCUCACAAGAGCGCUUGAGUUGUCUUUUUGGUGGUGCCAAAGUAGGUGC